AUGGCGCCCAAGGCAGGCAAUCAGGAGUAUGGCACUCGCCCAGAUCCAGCUUUCACCAACGAAGAUGGCCGCCGGCUCGGAUUCCGUUUUGAUGCCGAGAUCCUUUACAUCGAGCCCUGGGGCGAGCAUGCCCUCCGCGUGAGGGCCACCUGCCUGGCCAAGCUCCAAGAUAGGGACUGGGCUCUGACGGAAAAGCCGACUCAGACAGCCGACCCUCUCAUCAAUAUCGAGAGCAGCUCGGCGUCCAUCACCAAUGGCCGCAUCAAGGCACACAUCAGCCGCCGCGGAAAGAUUGUCAUCUCCAACAUUGAGACAGGCAAGAUACUCUUGGAGGAGUACGCCCGCCACCGGCUCGAUAUUCUGGAUCCCAAGUGCAGCUCGCUCCGCAUACAGCCCCGUGAGUGGAAACCUCGCCUCGGCUCGCCCGACUACCACUUGACCAUGCGUUUCGAGUCGCAGGACCCGGAGGAGCGCAUCUACGGGAUGGGCCAGUACCAGCAGCCCUUUCUCAACCUCAAGGGGGCCGACCUAGAACUGGCGCAGCGUAAUUCGCAAGCAACCAUCCCCUUCGCCUUGUCGAGUCUAGGCUACGGCUUCCUCUGGAACAACCCUGGCGUCGGCCGUGCUGUCUUUGGAAGCCUUACAACGACGUUUGAAGCUUACUCGACUGACACGCUCGACUACUGGGUCGUAGCGGGUGAGACACCUUCCGAAAUUGUGCGUUCCUACACGCAGGUCACGGGCCGCGUACCCAUGAUGCCGGAGUACGGUCUCGGAUUUUGGCAGUGUAAGCUGCGCUAUCAGACGCAGGACGAGCUGCUCGAAGUGGCGCGCGAGUACAAGAAGAGGAACUUGCCAAUCGAUCUGAUCGUGGCUGAUUACUUCCAUUGGCCUAAUCAGGGCGACUGGAAGUUCGAUCCCACCUUUUGGCCGGAUCCCGAUGCUAUGGUGAAGGAGCUCAAAGAAAUGGGCAUUGAGCUGAUGGUUUCCGUGUGGCCUACUGUGGAGAAGACGUCUGAGAACUAUGAUGAGUGCUUACGUCGCGGGUUCUUGAUUCGGCAGGAUCGCGGCGUGCGCAUGUCCAUGGAAGCUCAUCAUGGCCCCAUCCAUUUUGAUGCCACAAAUCCUGAGGCUCGCAAGUUCGUCUGGGAUACGGUCAAAAAGAACUACUACGAUAAGGGGAUCAAGGUAUUCUGGCUCGAUGAAGCGGAACCCGAAUAUUCCGUGUAUGACUUUGAUAUUUAUCGGUAUCACCUGGGCCCGAACCUGAGCGUCGGUAACUUUUUCCCGUCAGAGUUUGCUCGCGGUUUUUAUGAAGGCCUGAAAGAGUCUGGCGAGACACAGGUCGUUAAUCUGCUGCGGUGUGCAUGGGCGGGCUCCCAGAAGUACGGCGCGCUCGUCUGGUCGGGCGAUAUCGCGUCGAGCUGGGGCAGCCUGCGGAACCAGCUAGCUGCGGGCCUCAACAUGGGUAUUGCUGGAUUCUCCUGGUUCACCACAGACAUUGGCGGCUUUCACGGAGGUGACCCGGACGACCCUGAAUUCCGCGAGCUGUUCGUGCGGUGGUUCCAGUGGGGGACCUUCUGCCCGGUUAUGCGCCUCCACGGCGACCGAGAACCCAAGCAGCCCCGUCUGGGCACAACUGGUGGCAGUCACUGCCUGUCUGGGGGUCCCAAUGAGGUCUGGUCGUACGGCGAGGAGGUGUACGCCAUCUGUGAGAAGUACCUCCGACUACGCGAGUCGAUGCGGGAGUACACGCGGGAGCUGCACCGGGCGGCGCACGAGAAUGGCGAUCCCCUGAUGCGGCCGCUGUUUUACGACUUCCCAAACGAAGACAAGUGCUGGCGGGUCGGGGACCAGUACAUGUACGGGCCCAAGUACCUUGUCGCGCCAGUGCUGCAGGCCAAGCAGCAAACGCGGGAGGUGUACUUCCCUGGGGAGGGUGUUCGCUGGAAGGAUGCUGAGGGGCUGGAAUAUGAGGGCGGCCAGUCAACUACAGUUAAGACGCCGCUCGACACGAUGCCCGUGUUUAUUCGACAAUGA